GACUGACAGGAGCAGAGAGAGAGAGAGAGAGCUCCUGUCUCCUGCACAUGUGUCUGACCAACUGUGACCAACACAGAGAAUAAACCAGAACUGGACCAGGAUCAGACCAGGAUCAAGCCAGAACUGAACGAAACCAGAACUGGACCAGGACCAAGCCAGGACUAAACCAGGAUUCAAACUAGGAUUCAAACUAGGACUGCUGCAGGUCUAAAUCUGGACGGAAACUGGAUUAAAAGUGAACCAGGACCAACCAUGACCAGUGUUUAUGCAACAUCUGGAUCAAACUGAAGGUUUCUGAUGAAUUCUGCACCUGAAAAACAGGACCAAACCAGGUCUAAACCAGGUCUAAACCAGGACCAAACCAGGACUAAACCAGGACUAAACCAGGACUAAACCAGGUCUAAACCAGGUCUAAACCAGGACCAAACCAGGACUAAACCAGGACUAAACCAGGUCUAAACCAGGACUAAACCAGGACUAAACCAGGACUAAACCAGGACUAAACCAGGUCUAAACCAGGACUAAACCAGGUCUAAACUAAAACUUUUCCUCAGUUUAUAAUCUGGAUCUUUGAAACAGGAUCAAACCAGGAACUUGGACUACACCUGGAUCACUCUGAACCAGGCCCAUGACUAAACCAGGACUAGACCAGGACUAGACCAGGACUAGACCAGGACUAGACCAGGACUAGACCAGGACUAGACCAGGACUAGACCAGGACUGAAGCAGGACUGAAGCAGGACUCCAGAGGACCCUGGACCAUGGGCUGGGGGUUGUCAGGACUCUUUCUGUGGCUCUGCUGUGGACUGUGGCUCCAGACCCGACCGGCUCUGCUUCAGUCUCCCUCAGAGCUCUUACAUCACGUCCUGUCAGAUUUCACUGUGGUUCGUCCAAUCAGGACAGACUCAGAGGGCCGUGUCCUGUCUGAUCCCGCCCCUCGCCAGAAGAGACACGCCCCCUGGCCUCGCCCUCCGGAACAGGAAGUGUUUUUUAACCUUACUCUGCAGGGGGCGGAGCUACAGCUGCAUCUGCGAAUCAACACACAGGUCAUGGCUCCAGGUGCCACCCUCCUGUGGGAGGAAUCAGGAGUGUCCGAGCCAAUCACAAAGCAGCACUGCCUGUACUCAGGCCACGCCUCUAAUGACUCACGCAUCACAGCAGUGCUCAGCAUCUGCAAAGGACUGGAGGGCCUGAUCCUCAGUCCUUUUGGGGAUUUUUACAUUGAGCCUGUUCUAAAGAACUGCUCUGGAUCAGACCAGGACCAUGUGGUUUACAGAGACUCGGACCUGACACCGGACCAGAACCCAGCCAAUCAGAGCGCAGCACGGGAGUCCCCGCCCACAGACUUCCUCAGAGGUCCGGUCUUGGGUCCUGAGGUCCAGAGGCUGAGGUCCUGGUCUGACCCGGUCCAAACUCUGAAGAGGAGGAGGAGGAGGUCCAGAGAGGCAGAACUCUUCCACAUCGAGGUUCUGUUGGCGGUGGAUUACUCCGUUCUCCUGUUUCACGGCCGAGAGAACAUCCAGAGAUACCUCCUGACCUUCAUGCACAUCGUGAAUGAGAUUUAUCAGGAGCCGUCUCUGGGAGCAAACAUCAACAUUGUACUGGUGCAGAUCGUACUGCUCUCUCCCACCAAGUCCCAGGAGCUGAUCUCUGUGGGGGAUCCUCAGAAAAGUCUGCAGAAGGUCUGCACCUGGUCGUACCUCCACCAGAGAGACCAACAAGAAGAUCAGAAACACGACCACACCAUCUACCUCAGCAGACAGGAGUUUGGACCUUCAGGCAUGCAGGGUUAUGCUCCGGUCACAGGCAUGUGUCGUCUGAUCCGUAGUUGUGUUCUGGUGAUGGACGACGGCUUCUCCUCAGCGUUCGUCGCAGCGCACGAGACCGGACAUGUUUUGGGGAUGGAGCACGACGGAGACGCCAACAACUGUGACGACGACGUUCACAUGGGAAGCAUCAUGUCUCCUCAGGUCCAAGCGUCGUUCUACAGAUACCACUGGUCCACAUGCUCCUGGAGAGAACUGCACCAGCACCUGGAUUCUUACGAGUGCCUCAGAGACGACCCGUUUCUUGCUUCGUGGCCUCCUCAGCCGCAGCUUCCUGGGUUCAGUUACUCCAUGGACCAACAGUGUCAGUACGACUGGGGCCCGGGCUUUACUACAUGUACUACAUACACAGUAUCAGACCCUUGUGCUCAGCUCUGGUGCAGCCACUACAACGACCCGUUUUACUGCAAAACCAAGAAAGGACCUCCUCUGGACGGGACCAGGUGUGGACCAGGACAGCACUGUUUCCGUGGCCGCUGCGUGUACCUGGCCCCUCACAUGAUGCGCACUCACGGCUCCUGGGGGAAGUGGAGUCCCUUUGGCUCCUGUUCCCGCUCUUGUGCCUCUGGAGUCCAGUUCAGAACCAGGAUUUGCGACAGCCCCAGACCGGCCAACGGGGGGCGCCCCUGCUUCGGAAACAGCUACGAGUUCAGACUCUGCAACCAGGACACACCAUGUCCCCUCCUGACGGACUUCAGGGCGGAGCAGUGUAAAGUGUGGAACCCAUUUUUUGAGCACAAUGGAACCAAACACCACUGGCUCCCCCUGGAGCACCCGGACCCUGACGAGCGAUGUCGUCUCUUUUGCGUUUCUGCGGAGACGGGCGCCGUGGUGAACAUGGACAGAGUGUUGCAUGAUGGGACAUUGUGUUCUUAUGAGGAUCAGCACAGCGUGUGCGUGAGAGGAGACUGUGAGCACGUGGGCUGUGACGGGCAGAUCGCGUCGGACCGAGCCGAGGAUCGAUGUGGCGUCUGUGGAGGAGACAACUCCAGCUGUAAAGUCAUCAAAGGCAACUUCACCCGGAGCACGCGCAAGAACGGUUUCCUCAAAAUCCUGGAAAUCCCCAAGGGAGCACGCCACCUACUGGUCCAAGAGUUCAAGUCCACGCCACACGUCCUCGCUGUGAAGAACAUGGACACAGGCCACGUGUUCCUGAACGAUGAACACCAUCUCCCAGAAUCCCGCGGGGUGGUGGAGGGGGGCGUGGCCUGGCAGUAUGUAAAUGAGGAGGGGGUGGAGUCUGUGCAGACAUCCGGCCCCCUGAGCUCCAGCGUCCUGCUCAUGGUACGCUCUCAUGGCUCUGACGGCUCGGGCAAAGUCACGGUGUCGUAUAAAUACAUCCUCCAGGAGGCGCUGCGCUCGGGUCUGGACUCAAACCUUGUGCUGGAGGACGCCAUGUUCUUUGAGUGGGCCCUGAAGAGGUGGUCCUCCUGCUCCCGGCCCUGCGGGGGAGGGAAACAGUACACUCGCUUCGGCUGCAGGAGAAAAGCCGACGGGAAAAUGGUUCAUCGGAUGUUCUGCUCCAACGUCACGAAACCCAGAGCCAUCAGCCGCAUCUGCAACAGAGACGAGUGCUCCAGGCCAGAGUGGACAGUGGGGCCCUGGCAGCCCUGUAGCGCCUCCUGUGGGACUUCAGGGUGGCAGCGGCGCUGGGUGUCGUGUCAGCAGGUGUCCUCCGGGGGGCAGCCGCGCUCGGUCCCCUCCAAACUCUGCUCUGCAGACAAACCAGAGAGUAAGAGGAGCUGCAACCGUCACACCUGCCCCGCAGCAUGGAGGGGCGGGGCCUGGGGACAGUGCUCAGUGAGCUGCGGCGGCUCUGGGACUCAGGAGCGACAGGUGAAGUGUCUCUCACCUGACGGGGCACCUGGAAACUGCUCUGCUCCUCGGCCCGUAACGACGCAGAGCUGCCUGACCCCGCCCUGCUCCGGAGAGCAGAGGAACUCCAUCGUGCGCUGGUUGUCCAGGUCGAGUCCAGACUCAGUCCCUCGCUCCAACCAGCGUUGCCGUGGCGACCGCUCUGUGUUCUGUCAAAUGGAGGUUUUGACUCGAUACUGUUCUCUGCCCGGAUACAGAGACAUGUGCUGUGUGUCCUGUGGGAAACUCAAUACCACCUUAAGCAAUACCACCUUAAGCAAUACCACCUUAAGCAAUACCACCUUAAGCAAUACCACCUUAAACUCGUCCAUACCCCACAAUAACAGCACAGACCCCCCCCCAAGAGAAGAGACCAGUUUGACCACUCUUCCUCCUGAUGACAUCACCACAGAGGCCCCUCCUCCUGAUGAUGUCACCCCAGAGGCCCCUCCUCCUGAUGACAUCACCACAGAGGCCCCUCCUCCUGAUGAUGUCACCCCAGAGGCCCCUCCUCCUGAUGACAUCACCACAGAGGCCCCUCCUCCUGAUGAUGUCACCCCAGAGGCCCCUCCUCCCGAUGACAUCACCACAGAAGCACCUCCCCCUGAUCACAUCACAGACUUCAUUUAUGUCGAGUAUGAGGACGACUACGGGGACUUCUCCAGCCUCGCCACCGACGUCUCUGAUUGGACGGACUCUCCGGCCGCCGCCACAACCACAAACACCACGACAACCACACCGUACACAACGACAACUGUAACCACGACAACGCACAAAACUACAACCCCAAAACGAGCGCGCAAACCAAGCCGCGCCGAGCCCGGAGCCUCCCCUGCGCCCCCUGUUGACCCCGAGGUGCAGUACCGCGUGGUGGGCGUUACCGUGGCGACGCAGAACGAGUUUGUGCAGCGUAAACCGCCGCGAUUUAGAGAAAAAACUCAGAACAAACGAAUCCAAGAGCUGCUGCGAGAGAAACGACGGAGAAUGAACCCGACCGCGGACUUAUAACAGGGACUGGACCGGGACUAGACCGGGACUGGACCGGGACUAGACCGGGACUGGACCGGGACUAGACCGGGACUAGACCGGGACUGGACCGGGACUAGACCGGGACUGGACCGGGACUAGACCGGGACUGGACCGGGACUAGACCGGGACUGGACCGGGACUAGACCGGGACUAGACCGGGACUAGACCUGGACCGGACCUGGACUAGACCGGGACCGGACCUGGACUAGACCUGGACUAGACCGGGACCAGACCUGGACUAGAGGCACAGACGAGGCUGUGGAGACUUUCUCCUGAUCUAAAUUUUGUUUUUUUUUUGCACAUCAGUGAAACCUGCUGCAGAUCUUUAGACACAUCUGGGUCAAAUCAUUUUGCUUCUCUGUGUUUGACCCUUUGACCUUUGACCCAUUCUGCAUCUGUAGUUUCAUUAAUGUAAAGUUUAAUCCAUUGUCUAAUCUGUGUCUUCAGUUUGGAGGUUUGUAAAUGUGGGAAAAGGUUUGAGAUCUCAAAAUAAAAGUUGCUGGAUUUUUACUUCAAAUAAAAUAUAAAUAUUACUCAAGUCAAAAGAGACGAACGAGGAGGUCAAAGGGGAGGUCAAAGAGGAGGUCAAAGGGGAGGUCAAAGGGGAGUUCAAAGGGGAGGUCAAAGUAGAAAAACCUCCUCCAAACAGGUCUUAAUGUCACUGUGAUACAGGACUGCCCUCUUCUGGUACAACACUGUUACAACAAGAAAAACUGAACUUUCAAUGAAAAUGUGUCUAACACGGGACCAAAGAGGACCAAAGAGGACCAAGGAGAUCCAAAGAGGACCAAGGAGAUCCAAAGAGGACCAAAGAGGACCAAGGAGAUCCAAAGAGGACCAAACAGGACCAAGGAGAUCCAAAGAGGACCAAAGAGGACCAAGGAGAUCCAAAGAGGACCAAAGAGGACCAGAGAGGACCAAACAGGACCAUAGAGGACCAAACAAGACCAAACAGGACCAAACAGGACCAAGCAGACCCGUAGCAGAACCCAGCAGAACAGCAGAGGUGUAAAUAAGAUUUGGAUUUAUGUGGAAAUGUUUCAGAAUGAUUUAAAUAA